CAAGGCUACCGACCGCUACACACUCGAUCCCGACUUGUCUGCUGCGUGCAUCCAAAAAACCGUGAAUCACUCGCAGAAAAUCCACUGUGACUGCGCUUGUCGCAAGCUUCUUGCAUGAUAAGACGAGGUUUGUGGCAGCUGAGGCUACGCUUGAUCGCUUCCAUCCCAACUCGAACCCUAGCUGUUGGGGUAGCUCGACCGCAUACCCGCGGUAAACAAACAGUCACGAGUCAAGAGUGUCUCGCCCAAAGACGAGCCGGAACGGUGCUUGAAUCGGCCUACUCUCCUCUCAUCAAGAGGCAAGCGCAAGACGCGGAACGAGUGACGAGCUCAUCAGUUCCUGCGACCACCGUGUUCAGCUGCGCACGUCUCCUAUCCUCCCUCGCAGUCCAAAUGAGUGGACUGUCUAGAUCACAUCAGUCAUGACCGUCCCCAUGUGCGCGUCGUUCGAACCUACUCCCGGCUCAUCCGUGCCUUCGCACGACCGGCUGGCUUCCGCUUCCUCUUCCAGCUCUGUUGGAACUCGUGCCACGCCCAGCCGAAAGAAGGCCAGAUUGCUGUGGCGAGGAGCGCUAAUGUUGGAAGAUGGGACCCAUCUGCCCGGCGUGGCCUUCGUCAGCACUCUGGGUUUCCUGAGCGGCACGAGUCCUGCUCGACCCGACACUGCGCCAGCUGGGGGCCACGAUGAAGCACGGCAGAUCCUGGAUCCGCAAAGCGAUGCGCUGGUACACUCGGACUCGAGCGCGGCCGCCGAUGCAGACGCCGACGCGGACCUGUGUCUUGCCCUCGAGAUGGUCCGUCAUCGACCUUUGCGUAUCGGCAGAGCCAUAUUGCGUGCCCAGAGCGGUCAGGAUCAUGUUGGGGGCCGAGCUGUGCCAGCGCCCUCGGCCCUGGCAAAGCGAUCGUCGAGCAGUGGAAGCGCGAAUUACGAAUGGAGGGCAAGCGGCAACGUCAGAAUGUUCAUCGAUCCGUCAGAGCCGGCAACAAUCAGAUACUUUGAGCGACACUUCUGCGAUGAGGCCAUGGCGAGCGACCCUUCAGCGAUGCCCUCGGAAAGUGCGCAGGUACUUCCUCUGCACUUAGAGCAUGGCCCGCUCUCAUCGCUCGAUGCGCGCCAUGUCUUUGGUCGACCGCAGUCCACAUCUCAGAACGGGCAGGACAGUGGAGGUCAGAGUGAUGAUCCCUUUUCUGCCUCGUACGUUGAUAGCCAAGCAUCUGGCGGGCUCUUCGGGCGGGGUCCGCACGCCAAAGCAGGCAUUGACAAAGUCUCUACAAGUCGGUCCGGCCAUGUCACCUCGCAGAUUGGCAUCUUUGCUGUGCGAGCAGCGAAACGUUCACCAUCAGUCGAGAACAACACUCAGACUGCAGGGGAAAACAGUACUGCGUGUGUGAUGCAAAUGGUGGUCGGACGCAAGGUCAUGCUGGACGAUCCGACGAAGACCGAAGGGAAACAGACAGCCUCCAAAAGCAGUAUGAGCGGAUUGAUGCAGCCUCCAAACGUCACUCGCAAUGUGCCUCGGCGGCCGCAGAAGCGCCACAGCGAGCCCAAUCGCGUGCCUGAGCGGCCCGCACUGGCUUUCAAGCUCGAUCCGCCUCAAGCUUCCUCAGCCUCGGCGGCAGGCGAAGGGUUUAAGGGGCGCCGGGGCCUGUCACACAGCAAAAGCGUGCCAAGCCUGACGUCCUUCAAGGAUGUACUUGGUCUGACGCCUGUAAAAGAGGAGCAUGCGACCCCCGAGAGAGAGCUUGGCGUGGGCGAGACGCAGACACGCGAAUUGGAGACUGAUGCGGACGCAGGAGGUCCACUUCACAAUGGGCGAAUUAGCGAGAUGCCAGCCAAGCAACCUCGAGGCAACCACACGCCUGGCAGAAGGGGGGAAAAGAGACGAAAGAUUGCACCACACGACUCGCAAAUGCUGAGCUCGGGCGGCCGGACUCGACGCCAACAAAAGCCCGUGCUCAGUGCUGACUUCCUUGACACCGGGCGCAAUGUUAAAUUGGAGGAGGCUGAACAGUCUGCAUGGAUGCAAGAGAGCCAAGGCGUGGAUAGCUCUCACGACCGACUCGACUUGGACACGGAUGGCACAGGUUUUCUGGAAGACGACGCCUUUGCGGGCGACAGUGUGACGGAUUUCGGAUCGCAAUCCGCUAUGGAGCUGAGAGCGUUGAAGGUGGACCAAGGCAAGCGUUCGACUACUUUAGCACCCGCGGACACAGGACGCAGCUCCGCCAGCACCUCAUUACACGAGACAAUGUCUGAUACUCCAGUGCUCAACCAUUGCGCUUCGGUCCACACCGCGCUUGAAGCGCGCAACAGGGCGACAAUCAAGAAGCUCGUCCAUCAUCAGCUCCUGGGCCGGGGAUUGGAGCGCAAAGACGAGGGUUACAUAGCUUGCUUUGGAGCUACUUGCACUGGCACAGCAGUCGCUCUGCGUCACACCAUCGCAACCACCCCUCUCGACCGCGCGCAAGCUGCUCAACUCGUCACUUCGCAUUUGUCCAUGUACUUGUCCGAUAGCACUUGAGAAUACGCG